AAUUGUUAGAUAUGGAAUCGAGUUCUAAUUCGUUCCUUUACAGUAACGGAUGUAGUUUAACACGCGAGUUGGUGGAUUUCGCCAUGUGGAACAGGUGUUGCAUUGCUCAUCAACAUGAUCAAUGAAAAAAUCUCUGAAAUGUAUGGUUGAGUUCGAUGACAGCUCUUUCAGUUUCAAGCAAGAGUUUCCAUAUAGUACACACUUGCUUAAGGUUUCGUCAUUUGAUUACUAGGGUUGGGUAUAUACGGCCGAGAACUGUUGUUGUGCCUAACAGAUGCAAGAUGUCUGCGACUAUAGAUGUGACGGUCAAUGAAGUGAAGGAGGGUAAAGCAGAAGUUCUAACACCGUCGUCAGUCUUCUACAACCCCGUACAGGAGUUCAACAGAGAUCUGACGAUUGCAGUCAUCUCGGAAUUCGUCCAUGACCAUUUUGAUACAGUGAGAGAGCGAGAAGCUAAAUCAUUGAGAAAGAAAUUAAAUUCAUCAGAACAAAAUAAUGCGACAACUGGAGAAGACGCGAAAGCCAAACAACAGAUAUGCGGUGAUGAACAAAAUUCCGAUGUUUCUAAAAUUGAUGAUUCCGAGUUAACAGCUGGUGUCUCCCACCCACAUGGAAUUAGAAUUUUGGAAGGUUUGGCAGCAUCUGGGCUUAGAUCAGUCCGGUUUGGCUUGGAGAUUCCAGGUGUGAAAGAGGUCAUUGCAAAUGAUUUUGAUAAAAAUGCUGUUGGUUUUAUUGACAAAAAUAUUACAAAGAACACAUUGACAGGCCUUGUUCGGUCAAACUGUGGAGAUGCUGCAAUGGUCAUGUACCAAAAUAAAGGGCUGAAAGAUAGAUUUGAUGUUAUUGACCUUGACCCUUAUGGCAGUCCAUCUGUAUUUCUCGACUCGGCUGUCCAGGCCGUGAGAGAUGGAGGCCUUCUCUGUGUCACUUGUACAGACAUGGCUGUCAUGUGUGGAAACUCAUGUGAGACUUGCUACUCUAAAUACGGAUCUGUGUCAUUAAAGGCAAAAUUUUGUCAUGAAAUGGCUUUGAGAAUAAUCCUCCAGUCGGUUGAAUCCGCAGCAAAUCGAUAUUCACGUUACAUUCAACCACUUAUCUCAGUGAGUGCUGACUUCUACGUGAGAGUAUUUGUCAAAGUGUUCACAGGCCAAGUGAAAGUGAAGCAGUCCGUUACAAAAUUAGCUUAUGUUUAUCACUGCACAGGAUGUGGAUCACAUGUUCUGCAAAAACUUGCAAACAAGACCCCAACCAAGGGAGACAACUACAAGUUCACACCAGCAGUGGCACCAUCUGCACAACCAGUAUGUAAUCAUUGCGGAUUUAAACAACACAUCGGUGGCCCAAUAUGGGCAGACCCCAUGCAUGAUAGAGACUUUCUUACAAAAGUACUACAGAGAGUAUCAUCCAAUCAAGACCUGUUUAAUACGUCGGAGAGGAUUCUGGGAAUGCUGAGUAUGAUGUCAGAGGAGGUGGAAGAUGUGCCGCUGUACUACACACUAGACGAGGUCUGCAAUGUUCUUCACUGUACUGCUCCCAGUAUAGUUCAGUUCAGGUCUGCUGUGCUGAAUGCUGGUUAUCGAGCAUCACUAACCCACUGUGCCAAGAACGCCCACAAGACUGAUGCACCUGGGGAGGUGGUAUGGGACAUUAUGCGGGCUUGGGUGAAGGAUCACCCAGUGAAGGCAAGUCGGCUGCAACGUGGGACCCCAGCCAAGGCCAUCCUGGACAAGGAGCCUGUGACAGAAGUAUCGUUCAGCCUUCACCCAGACGCCAACCCCCAGUCUCGCCAGAAGGGGCUGCUACGAUGGCAGAUGAACCCUGAGCCAGACUGGGGGCCCAAGCCCCGGGCCAAGAAGUCCAACACAGAGGAGAGUCUCAGUGAGAAGAGAGACAGAUGUAGAGGCAAGAGGAAGGACAGAGAGGGGAACAAAAGCUUCCUGAAGCAGUACCCAUGUAAGAAGUACAAGACUGGGGAGUGUGACCUCGGGGACGGCUGUGUCUACAACCAUGACAUGGAGCAGGAGCAGGAGCAGGCACAGUGAUGUACAAACAGUGAAGCUCACCAUCUCUCUGUGGGCUUGUUUUGGGUAGAAGAUAUACUGGUCAACAUCAGCUCUUUGUAUACAUAAGAAGGAAGGUCAUUGUGACCUCUUCUGUGUAUGACAAUAGUUACCAUGGUUACACUGCUCUUUGUAACAAAACUGUAAAUAUGUGAAUAUAGCACUUUUAAUAAAAACCUGAUCUUGUG